CGCCGCUAGCCGACCAGGCCUAGACGGGUCACGGCACAACCAAAUUGAACGAAUCGUCAGCAUUGAAUCGCUGGUGAAGGAAGCAUCGAUAGGAGAUAAUGGAGGCCGAAGUCAGGAAGUACGUUUCAGACCAUUGGGAUCUUCAGCAGGAGGCGUUCAAGUAGAUUGCAGAAUCGUCAACAUCUUCGGCAGAAGGCGCUGCCGGAUCAUACACAUCGGCAGAAGGCAGGAACGCCGCCGUGCUUCUCAGGAGUUCAGAGUGGCGGCAGCGACCGAGGAUGCAGAUCUCAGGACGUAUUAGCCGUGUCGGGGAGUUCAUCGUCGAUCGAUGGGGCGCGCCGAUGCUCCCUAGACUGUAGCUGUUGUAGCCGGAGGAGGAGGCGACGACGUAGGAGACGAGCGGACGCCGGGCUGACAUUUAUUUUUUCACCUCAUCUGGCUUCCCUCGCUUCGUGGUCCGCUUUCUCGCCGGCGCACCAAGAGCCGAUCGCUUCGCCAUCAAAGGGAUGCCGCCGAGUAAGCGAAGUGAUUUCGAUCGACCUGACGUCACGGCGUCUUGCCAUCACUACCGUUCAUCAGACUGAAGUCGGACGGUUCCAGUUAUCGGAACCCAUGAUGCACCAAGUUUUUGAUGCGGACGUCCCACGUUGUUGCUCUCCAGUCUUGCCGAGUCCGCGCACUUCCGUCUCGGACUUCGCUUUUCUUCGUGAGUGUUUCGCUGGAAGCCAAGCUUGAUGUCCGGCGGCGAAAGUUCACUGGCUCCCAGUGGAAUCAAAGAUCCGAGGACGAUCGCCAGAAAGUAUCAGUUGGAGCUUUGCAAGAAGGCUGUGGAGGAGAACAUCAUCGUCUAUUUAGGUACCGGGUGUGGUAAGACGCAUAUCGCCGUGCUACUCAUGUACGAGCUCGGCCACCUCAUCCGCAAGCCUAGCAAGAGAGUGUGCAUCUUCCUUGCCCCCACCAUCCCCCUUGUUCGUCAGCAAGCUGUGGUGAUAGAGAAUUCAACAGAUUUUAAAGUUCAUUGCUACUAUGGAAAUCAGAAGAAUUUGAAGGACCAUAAUGCUUGGAAUCAAGAGAUUAAUAAAGCCGAGGUGCUUGUUAUGACACCUCAGAUAUUAUUGCAUAGCUUACACCAUUGUUUCAUUAAGAUGGAUCUAGUUGCUUUGCUGAUUUUUGAUGAAUGCCAUCAUGCACAAAAAGACAAGAGGCAUGCCUAUGCACAAAUAAUGAAGGAAUUCUAUGAUACUAGCAUGAAAAGUCCUCGCAUAUUUGGGAUGACAGCUUCCCCUAUCAUUGGAAAAGGAGCUACAAAUCAAGCGUUCUCUAGCAAAUGUGUUAAUAGUCUUGAGAAGUUGCUUGCCGCCAAGGUGUAUUCUGUUGAUGAUAAAGCAGAACUUGAAUGUUUUAGUGCUUCUCCAGAUGUUAAGGUUUACUAUUAUGAUCCAGUUUUUCGAAUGGCUUCAAGCCUCAUUGUUGCUCACUCUGACAAGCUCGAAGAAAUAAAGCUCCAGUGCAUCUCCAUGAUCAAAGAUAUGUUUUCUGAUGUCAGAGAACGUCAGAAAAAGAUCAAGAUUUUGUCUAGAUUGCAUGACGAUAUUAAUUUUUGUUUGAAUCAGAUUGGAUUAGUUGGAGCUUUAAAAGCUACACAUGGCCUUUUAGCUUCAGAUGUGACUGAUUUAUCAGAAUUAGAGAGAGUGAAGAUUAAUGGUGACAGCUGUCAUAUUCAGCACUAUUUAUCAAAGGCAAUGGCUGUGCUGCGCUCUAACUUAUUGGCUGAUAAUCAUGAUGCUGAUUCAUUGCACUUUGAAACCAUAGAAGAUCCAUUCUACUCAAAAAAAUUGAUGGUUCUUAUCAAAAUUCUGUCAUCCUACAGGGUACAAGAAUCCAUGAAAUGCAUAAUUUUUGUGAAGAGAAUUAUCAUUGCAAAAACUUUAGCCAAUAUCCUUCAGGGUUUACAGUCUCUUAAAUUUUGGAAAUGUGAGUUCCUUGUGGGUUGUCACUCGGGAGCAAACAUGUCACGUGGAAAGAUGAAUGCCAUUGUUGAGAAGUUCUCUUCUGUAAAGGUGAAUCUUCUAGUGGCUACUAAUGUAGCCGAAGAGGGUCUUGACAUCCAAACCUGUUGUCUGGUUGUGAGAUUUGAUCUACCAGAAACAGUUGCAAGCUUUAUACAGUCCAGAGGUCGAGCUAGGAUGACUACUUCUGAAUAUGUGUUCCUUCUGGAGAGAGGGAAUGAGCGUGAAAAAAAGUUGUUGUGUGAUUUUGUGGCUGGAGAGCAUGUAAUGAACUCAGAAAUUAGUAAUAGAACUUCAAAUAAGACCUUUGAUGAUUUGGAAGAGAUCAUAUAUAAAGUUGAUAGUACUGGCGCUUCAAUUAGCACAGCCUGUAGCGUUUCACUCCUCCAUCGUUAUUGUGACAAACUUCCUCGGGAUAUAUAUUUCACUCCUACACCUAAGUUCUUUUACAUUGAUGAUCUCGACGGAACCAUAUGUCAGAUUAUUCUUCCGCCGAAUUCUCCAAUUCGUCAGGUUGAUAGUCUGCCUUGUACCUCGAAGGAUGAAGCCAAGAGAAUUGCCUGUUUAAAAGCAUGUAAGGAGCUUCAUAAACGAGGUGCUUUGACAAAUUAUCUGUUGCCUGUUUCAACUGCUGAGGAAAAGAAUGGAUCACAAAAUCAUCUUUCAGGAAACAACAACAAUAAUAAUGAAGAUGAAAGCUCAAGUCAAGAACUCUAUGAGAUGGUGUUACCUGCUGUUCUUAGAUGCUCAUGGAAGAGUAAUGAUACAAAGAUAGAUAUGUAUUUCUACUAUAUUCAACUUGUUCCCAAGCCAAAGGAUCGACAUUACCGGAAGUUUGGUCUUUUUAUCAGCAAUCGUCUUCCUGAAGAAGCUGAAAGCUUGGAAGUUGAUUUACACCUUAAUCGUGGUAGGAUUGUGAAUACAAAAUUCUUAUCUCAGGGGAUUGUAACGUUUGACAAAGAGGAGAUGGUACUUGCACAGAAAUUCCAGGAAAUGUUUCUCAAGAUCAUACUUGACAGAUCAGAAUAUUCCUCGAAUUUUGUUCCCUUGGGCAUGCUUAAUGAAACUCACGAUGUCUCAUCAAACUCAUAUCUGUUGCUUCCUGUCACUGAACAAAUUUACGUGGAAAAGAAGAUUGACUGGACAACUAUAAGACGAUGCUUAUCAUCUCAAACCUUUACAAACAGAACAUCUGCAUUUAACAAAGCUUCCGAUUUCAAUGAUGACACUUUACAACUUCUCAGUGGUUCAGUGAAUAAAUCUGAUGUCUUAAAUAGCUUAGUUUUCACUCCAUAUAAUAACCUGUUCUUUUUCAUUGAUGAUAUUUACUAUGGAACAAAUGGCAAUAGUCCCUACCAGAAUACAAGCUAUGCAGAAUAUUACCGGGAUAGGCUCCAGAUCAAGCUAUCCUAUCCAGAACAACCUUUCUUGAAGGCCAAACAGCUCUUUGUUUUGCGUAACUUACUACACAAUAGAGUACAAGAGAAUACAGAGGCCCGUGUAUCAAAUGAGCAUUUCGUGGAAUUGCCUGCGGAGCUUUGUUCUUUAAAAAUAGUUGGAUUCUCUAAAGACAUUGGGAGUACUUUGUCUUUGUUACCAUCUUUGAUGCAUCGCCUUGAAAAUCUUCUUGUUGCUAUUGAACUGAAGAAUGUGUUGUCUUCAUCUUUCCCAGAGGCCUCUGAAGUUAGAGCUAGUUGUAUCCUAGAAGCCCUUACUACAGAAAAAUGUUCGGAAGGGUUUUCUCUUGAGAGAUUUGAAGUGCUUGGUGAUUCUUUCCUGAAAUAUGCAGUUGCCCGUCAAAGCUUUCUUUCCUAUGAGGCCCUUGAUGAAGGGCAAUUGACCAGAAGGAGAUCUGGUGUUGUGAAUAAUUCAAAUUUAUAUGAGCUAGCAAUUGCACAAAAUUUACAGGGCUAUAUACAUGAUGAUUCGUUUGAUCCAUCACAAUUCUUUGCACUUGGCCGCCCUUGUAAACAUUUUUGCAACACUGAUACUGAAUCUAUUAUUCAUCCUCGAGGAAAGAUCAAUGAGAAUGGUGGAGAUGAAAGAUGUAAUAUUAAAUGCACCAAAUCACAUCAAUGGCUGCAAAAGAAAACCAUUGCUGAUGUUGUUGAGGCUCUUAUUGGUGCUUUUCUUGUUGAAAGUGGGUUCAAAGCUGCAAUUGCAUUUCUACGUUGGAUUGGCAUACCAGUAGAUUAUGACAUUUCAAAUUUUUAUCGAGUUUGUGACUCAAGUAACAAUAAUUUGUCUCUUAUGAGUAAUAUCAAUGUGAAGGGACUGGAAGGAGAACUAGGUUAUAAUUUUCGUUUUAAAGGCCUUCUUCUUGAAGCUUUUGUGCAUCCUUCCUACAGUAAGCACUCUGGUGGAUGUUACCAGAAACUAGAAUUCCUUGGAGAUGCCGUCUUGGACUACUUGAUUACAUCAUAUCUCUACUCAGCUUAUCCAGAAUUGAAGCCAGGUCAAAUAACAGAUUUACGAUCAUUAACAGUUAACAACAACACUUUUGCAAAUGUAGCUGUUCAGAGAUCCCUUCAUAAGUAUCUGAUACAAGAUUCAAGGUGUCUUGCAGAAGCAGUACAUGAGUUUGAAAGUUUUGUUCUUUUAUCUGAUUUAGAAAAGGACCUCAUUGAGGAACCUGCAUGUCCAAAGGUACUUGGUGAUAUAGUCGAAUCUUCUGUUGGUGCGGUACUUCUCGACACUGGAUUUAACUUAAAGAUUGCUUGGGAUUUAAUGCAAAACCUAUUGAAAUCUGCUUUGGAUUUCUCUAGUUUUCAGAUUAAUCCUACUAGAGAUCUACGAGAACUUUGUCAGCAUUUGGGUUUCGUGUUGAGGCUCCCGGAGCCAAUUAAAAUCCAUGAAGUAUAUCUUGUCAAGGUAGAAAUUGAUAUAAAUGAUGUACCGUUGACAUUUAAAUCAAGCAACAAAAAUUCUAAAGCUGCUAGAAGAAUGGCUUCGCAAGAAGCACUUUCUGUGCUAAAGGCUCGUGGAUAUAAGCUUAAAAGUAAAACAUUGAAGGAAGUUUUGCUGUCAACUAAAAAGGGUGAAGCAAGACUGAUCGGAUUUGAUGAAGAACCUAUAGUGAUGGUCGAUCUGGAACAUGGUCUGGAGAAGUUGCAAAUCCAGAAUUCAGGAGACAUUCUACAGUCGUCUGAUUCUGGAAGAGGAAACGACCUGUUGAAAUGCAGUGUAAAUUCUAAGUCAUCUAGAGUAGAUUUAGCUGGUGCCAGGAUCACUGAAUCUUGCAACAUAAGUAAUGAUCACCAAACUCAACAAUCCAUGAGAAAUAAUGUUCAGACCAGUGAAUCAAGUGCAAAUGAAAAACACACCAAUACAGUUUUUUCAGUUCAGAAACCAGCCAAGUCACGGCUGAUGGAGAUAUGUGCUGCCAGCUACUGGAAUCCUCCAUUGUUUGAGUGCUGCAAGGAGGACGGUCCGAGCCAUCUAAAAAUGUUCACGUACAAGGUUAUAGUAGAGAUUGUUGGCGCUGAAUACUUAGAGUGCUUUGGUGAUCCUAAGCCACAAAAGAAAGCCGCUCAAGAUCAUGCUGCAGAGGGUGCAUUGUGGUAUCUCAAACACACUGGAUACAUACAGUAAUUCAUCUCUCACUCUUCUUCAAAUCCUUUUUCUUACUCAUCGACUCUACACGAUAAAUUAGCAUUGGAUAGUAGAUAGGGAUGAAAAGUAUAGCGAAAAUAUUAUCAUCAACUCUUCUAUGUACGCAUUGAUUGAUGAUGGCAUGCACUUGUGCUCACACAAUGCCUUGAGGUAAAUGACUCGCGUAGUCAUAGAAUGUCCCAAGGUAUACGACUCAUGUACUAAUAUCUGCACAAUCAAUAGCUCAAGGUAAAUGAUCCGUGUGUGCCUUUUAAGGCAAUUGAUUCUUGUAAAUUGUGGUCAUGAGAAUCGACUUUGCCUUUUCUAAGAUGCAAAUCAGUUUAUUUGUUCUUCAAA